AUUGUUUUAUUUUCUUAAUUAAUUAAUAUUAAGUAAAUUGAUUGAAUAAAUAGUAAUAAAAGAUUAAUAAGAGCGUAAAGAUACUUCAAAGAUUGCAUUUCAUCCAAUGAAUAGACCAAUAUAUUCAGGGGGGUACUAUAUGUCUCAAGAUCAAAUGUUAAAUGGAUAUCCACAGCAUUCUAAUCAAGCUCGUCCUGUGUUGUUGUGGGCACACAGUUAUGUUCGGAUUCCGCCUCCGCCUCCGCCUCAAUAUGCCCAAAAACGACAAAGUCAUGCUUUAAAAAUUACUCACCCAGUUACAAAGGAGGACGUAUUGGAAAGUCUUAAGAAAGAAUCUACUUUAAGUGAAACGGCAGCAGAGUUUAUUCCAUCACAAAAUUCGGAUAUAACUGAUGCUCAAACCCCGAUUGAUACUUUGACUGAAUUGCCAGAACUUGCAGCACAAGAUACAGUUGUUGAUUUAGAUGACACUCUUGAAAGUGAAGCAUUAAAUGCAGGAUUAUCGAUCGAGGACGCAGAAGAGAAUCCUUCGUUAACUGCAAGUAUAAAGCAAAUUCCGUCAAAUUUAGAACAAACGUUAAAUCUGGAUGAUGAAAUUCAUUUAACCAAUAACUUCAAUGCAAUAAUUUUACCUAAAAAGCAAGAAAGCCAUUCAUCACUGCCAGACACAUCUCGCGACGAAUCUAUUCGAAAACGUAUUUAUGAAUGUUCACAGUCACCACUAUCUGAUUCUCAUCUACAUCAAUUUAAUCAACAAUAUUUUGAUACAAGAAAUUCAAAAACUUCAAAUGACCACAGAAAUAAAAGUCAUCCAAAUCAAAAUGAUCAGAUUAGGGGUCGUCCGCAGCAGCAAAAUCGUUAUAAAAACUAUUCUAAAACUUAUUCCGGCAAUAAUUUGGAUCAUCAGAAAGUAAAUCAAAUAUGUACUCCCCAUCCCAUAAAAGAUUUAAAUCAAAAUUCCAUCAUUCCCGAACCUGAGAAAUUAAAUGAACCUAAAUACGACGAGAACAAUAAUGAAAUAAUCGAUGAAUCUGUAAAUUUGACGGAAUUAUCUUUGUUGGAAUCGACUGGAGAAAAUAGUGAAAGUAGUUUAAAUCUAAGCUGCAGAUACAGUAGAAAAAAAUUGAAGGAACUAAAAACGAGUCCUUUGGUUCUUUCAAACCCACCUACAAUUAAAGAUGGUUUGCUAGAUUCCACUAUGAAUAGGGCCGUUUGGAGUGUUUUAUUCGAUAACUAUAAUCGAAUCGAAGAGCAUUCAAAUGAGGAUAGUAAUACAUCCAUGCAAAAUAAUAAGAGUAAUUAUUUAAAGAAGACAAAUACUAAUUUGAGAUAUGAAAACAAUCACAAUCAAUUGUCAAGAUCAAAAAGUGCGAACGAAAAGCAGUUCAUAAAAAUGAAUUUAAGCAUAAAGGAAGAUGUUAAGCUGAAUAAAGCUGAUAAUGCAUGGAAACCGACGCAUAUGAAACAUCCAGAAGCAAUGGAUGAUAAAGACAGAGAAUUAGCAGAACUGCUUAAAAACUUCCGUUCCUUACUCAACAAGAUAACCGAGGAAAAUUUUGAUCACUUAGUUAAGGAGAUUAAUGAUAAGCAAAAGUAUAAAAUUAAUUCAACAGAGAAGUUAUCGGCGAUUGUAAAACUUUUGUUUGAAAAAUCCAUAUCCGAGCCAGGCUAUGCUUCAACUUAUGCAAAACUUUGCCAGGCUCUUUCUACUGUGCAUUUAAUAAAUGAAGAAAUUAUUGUUGUGCCAAAGAAGACAACAAAUCCAUGGACUAUUUACUUGAUUACGCACUGCCAACAGGAGUUUGAACGCUCAAAAGAGGAUGAUAUCAUUUUUAAAAGUCUUCAGGACAGAAUAAAUAAGGCAAGUGAUACCGAAGAGAUUGACAAUUGUGAAGAUCUCUAUUUUAAAAUUCGUCAACGUGCAAACGGAACUGUGAAAUUUAUCGGAGAAUUGUAUAAAAUUAAUAUGUUGACUGCAAAGAUUAUGAUAGGUUGUAUUGAAGUGCUUCUUACGUCAGUUACAGAAGAAAAUAUUGAGCGUUUAUGCAAGUUGCUCACAACCGUUGGAGAAAAGCUUGAAAGUGAAUUAAGUAGUAAAAAUGACAUGGAUAAAUAUAUGCAUCAAUUGUCAAGAUUAAAAAAUUCCAAUGUUAUUAAAACACAAAGAAUUAAAUUCGAUAUAAUGAAUGUUAUUGAUUUGCGCGAUUCAAGAUGGAGGCAACGAGAAAAUGCUCGAUCUUUGGAAACGAAGCCGCAGAAAUUACAAGAUUUACAGGAACAAGAGAAUAAGAAGAAAAGAUUAAUGCAACAACAGUUGAACGAUUAUCAGCCGAAAUGUAAUCAAAAUAAUUUAGGACGACAACACAGGUCACAAAGAAGCUUUGAUAAUGAUCGAUUCAGAGUAAAUGUUUCCAAGCAGUUUGAUUUUAACAAGAUAAAUAUUCCUAAAACAAACAAUGCAGAAAUGUCUUUUAGACCUCCAUUAAACUUAUUUCAAAGAUUUAACAGCAAUCCAGUUCAAAUGAUGCCGCCACCGACAAUAAUUAGCAAUUCGUAUGCAAAUUUAGUAACAGAUUGUGAUGAUAUGGAGCAAUUGCCAACACUUCAUCAUACUCGUUCCGGAUCAAGCAGUAAAAAUAAUCGAAAGGAUAAAAAGAAUGGUUCUCAUUCGAAUGGAAAUAAUAAUAAUAAUAAUAGUAAAGAGAAGUUAAAAGCCCGAACACCAUCGCCAGUGAUUGAAAAGUCAGCAGAUAAUAAUGACGAGGAUGAUUUCUUCAUGAUUGAUUUGACAGAUGACGAGGAAAAGGAUAUGCGAUUGCUCACAGAUAAAAUGCAGCAAAAUUUUAAGGCAAAAAUUACACUCGACAUGCUUGUUGCAGAUUUGAAAAAGAUUAAAAUAACCAAAAAUGUUCUUGGACAAGUCUUUACUGAUCUGUUUGAUAAAAAAUCAAAUGAACGAAAGGAACUUAUCGAGCUUAUCUAUGAAAUUUGUCGAAAAGGAUUGAUAACAAAAGUUGUAAACGUGGAUGCUCUUAAGCUUGCUAUCAAGUCAAUUCCUACAGUCAUUUGUGAUGUACCACUUGCUUAUGAUUACUUUUCCGAAUAUUGUGUUUAUUUUUACGAAAACGGAUUGAUUACAACGAUGGAUGAAAUUGAAAGUAUUUGUCAGAAUCAACAGAAUGCUUUGGAGAAAGUAAAAGAAAAAUUAAAAACAUCACAUGCUAAAAAUGAAUGCAAAAAUCCCAUAAAUGUAAAAAAUACUAGAAUAGUAAAUGAUGGAAUUUCAAAGGGUCUAAAUCAAUCGGAACAGAGCAUACCCACUAAAAUUAAAAACGAACGUUCUCUGUUAAAAAUUAUGAAUUAUAUUAAAUUUAAAUUAGAGAAGAAGCAGAAAAAUGCAAGCUUUUUAGAAGAAAUUUACAGUGAAAUUGAUAAGGAAAAAUGCACAGAAGUUUCGAAUUUCAUCAAGGAUUUAACGCUUACAAUAUUAAAGUCUUGCCACGAAAAUAAAGGAAAGAAAAACCAAAAGAAGUUAGUUGAUUUGUCAAAAAUGUUUCCAUUAUUUAUUCGCUACAUCGACAGUGACGUUUCAUCUCAAAUCGAUUGCAUAAAUGCUCUCAUUGAGUUUGCAUCCAGUAAUCCGAGUAUAGAAAACAAAAAUUUAUGCAAACUCUUUGAUUUGUUCUACGAAAACGAUGUCAUAUCAAUGGAAACAUUUUUUUUGUGGAGAAACCAGAACCCAAAUUCUCCAUCAAAACACGAAGCACUUAAGCAAACCACGAGCUUUUUCACAAGACUCGAGGAAGCUGAUAUAUCUGAUGAUUUCAACUGUACAAGCAGUACAAUAAAGGAGGAUUGAGCUUUGUCUUCAACUUAUUUCCUGGAUGAAAUUCUAAAAACUUAAUAAUUAUUUGAUCGUUAGGAUUGUUAACGAGCAUGAUCAACACAGGAAAACUACAAAAUAAAUCGUCGAAAUUCCGGAAAUAAAAAUGGAAAAAAAUAA